ACCGCAUACAAGCAGAAAUUAUUCUUACUUUUCUGGAUUCUUAUGCGUACCACUUCGAAAUAAGUGACUGAUUUCCGACCUGCAGGAUCACAGGGGCAGAUAUGAGGGUCCAAGCUCCUGUAUUGACUUGCCUAUUGGGCGCUACGUUGGUGGCAGGCCUGUUCAUCAGAAGACCCGCCCGUGGGUCUGAUGUUCUGUAUUCGGUGCCCCUCAUAGACGGCCACAAUGAUCUACCAUACAAUCUCAGGUCCCUUGUCAAGAAUCAACUGGCCAACUUCAACUUCUCAGCCAAUCUGUCAGACGACCCUUAUUGGGGUAACGUGGCUUCAUCUUUCACAGACCUGCCAAGGCUGCGCGCUGGGCGUGUAGGAGCUCAGUUCUGGGUGGCUUAUGUGGGCUGCAGUUCUCAGUUCAAGGACGCUGUUGAACAAACGUUGGAACAGGUUGACGUCAUUAAGCGUCUGAUUAACGCAUAUCCAGAUGAUUUGCAGUUGGCUACCUCGGCUAAUGAUAUAUGGAAAGCCUUCAACAGCGGUAAGAUUGCCAGCCUAAUAGCAGUAGAGGGUGGUCACUCCCUGGAUAAUCGACUGGCAAUAUUGAGGCUCAUGCAUGAACUAGGCGUUCGUUACGUCACUCUCACUCACUCGUGCAAUACUCCCUGGGGCGAUUCAUCACCAGCUGACGACAUAAAUUCAGGCGUACCUGCAGAGCACAACGGUCUCACUGAUUAUGGCAAAGUUGUGGUGAAGGAGAUGAACCGGCUGGGUAUAAUGGUGGACCUGUCGCACGUCGCUUAUAAGGUCAUGGUCGACGCCAUUAAUGUGUCCGUGGCUCCCGUCAUAUUCUCACACUCGUCAGCCUACGCGGUAUGCAGCCAUCAUCGCAACGUACGUGACGACGUUCUUCGGAUGGUGCGUGACAAUGGAGGUAUCGUGAUGGUAAACUUCUAUUCUGGUUUUAUCAACUGUACAAAUGCAGCUGAUGCAACGCUGGACGAUGUUGUUGACCACAUUAACCACAUCCGUGUCGUGGCUGGAGUCGACCAUGUGGGAAUUGGCAGCGACUAUGAUGGUGUAGACAGGGUGCCCACUGGUCUCGAAGACGUGUCCAAGUACCCCGACUUGUUUGACCGUCUCGCAAACAGUCGCCCAUGGGAACCCGAAUGGAGUACUGAAGACCUUGAGAAACUGGCAGGCCUCAACCUUAUAAGGGUGCUAGAAGAAGUUGAGAAGGUUCGAGACGAGCUGGCAGCCCAAGCGUUGAAACCAUAUGAAGAACACCUGGCCAAAGCAGAUCUCGGCGACAACACUCGCUGCAUAACCGACAACUUUUCUUUCUCAUAGUUAUCAGCUUAUUGCUUAUAUGUGUCUCGGUGGUUGACUGUCGUCAGUGAGUUUCUAAAUGCAAUUCAGCAAAACGUAUUCUUUAAACCAGUAAUUACAAAAGUUAAUAAAACUGAAAUAGUAACUCCAC